AUGGAAAGUCACACUCAUAAGAGGGGUGAAGAUAUGGGUGUUGGUGGUGUUAUGAGUUGUAGAAGGUUGCUUCUUGCAGCCUUGGUAUCUUUAGGAGUCAUCUGGUUUAUGUUCCUAGCAAUCUCAGUGAACCGUCAAACAAAAAGGACAGUGCUGGUUCCAAUGAAUGUUAUCUCCAAGCAUUUGAAGUUGGUCAGCAUGCAGAGGCAUGGUUUGCAUCCAAAUUCAAGACUCUUCAUUGUGAGCAAGAGAAGGGUACCAAAUGGACCUGAUCCAAUACACAACAGGAGAGCAGUGAAAAGUAGACAGCCACCUACAAAAUCCUGA